CUCGGCCGUGUCCGGACCGCGGUGCCUCUUCAGGGUCUGUGCUGUGUGUCCCGGUCUGUCCGCUGCUGGAGGAGCAGGAGGAGGUGGAGGAGGAUUACUGUUUAUGAUUGGGUUUCUGUGCAGCUUCGUCACGGUAAUUGCGUGCCGUGCGGGAGCAGCGCACCAGACUCAGCACUGACGGAGCUUUACUGAGGAUAAACCCGCUGGAAUAUUACAGAAACCCGCGUGUUUUUCUGCUCCUGGGAGAAACGCUAAUAAUCCUGCGGCUUUUUCUAAAUGAUAUAUCCAGCGCGGUGCGGCGUGCUGCGGUGAAUCCCUCAUGUUACCGCAUGAGGAGGUGAAGCGCUGCUCGGCACGGCUGCAGAAACAUUGAUGUAAAAUGGAGGAUAGUUUUGAUUGCGACUGCGGUGAGCUCGAGCCACCUGAUCAGUGACGGAGAGCGAUCCUGCUGAGGUUGGCUGACUCUUCCGUGUUUGAACUCCAGCCGCUUUAGGACAGGCAAAAAGAGAAAAGGAAAAAAGGCUAGCCUAGUAAUCUAAUCUAAUCUAAACUUAACUAAACUUAUUGUGCUUUAUUAGCACGUUAGGAUAAUGCUGCUUCUCAGGACGAGUCAUACACUGAAUGUAUCGGCACUGUAAGGAUGCUAGUGCUGGUCGAAACUUUCGUUAUUAUUUUUUCGUUUAUUCACAAAGAUUAUUGAAUCGCCCCUUAAUUCAUUCCAUUUGAGUAACAAAAUUUUGAGGUCGAAAAACGAGUUAAAAAGAAAGCCCUAUUACCCAAAAGUUUUUUGUCAUUCUUGUUAUUUUUUGGUUUUGUUUGUCUUUUUUUAACAAAGAUGACACAUUCUAGCAACAUAUCAUACAGAUAGUCCUCUUGCUGCUUUGCUGUGAGAAGACUGUGAGGGGAAGGAAGCACUGAGGAGCUCAAAAGCUUGUGUGCCUCUUUUGCUGUCAUACAAAAGAUAAAAGAAACACAUCUUGUUAUUAGAAUUUUUCAGGGAGAAACAGACAGGGAAUCCGUCUGUCUUGUGCUCAUAUCGAAAACAAACAUAGCAAAAAAGUAAGAGCAAAUUUCUCUCUGCCCUUUUUUUAUAUCAACAACCAAUCUGUUAUAACCACAGCCAGCAGUGGCACUAUUUCACAGAAUUUAAAUAGAAUUUUCCAAAUCACAAUGGCGGAGAAGUUUGAAAGCCUCAUGAACAUUCACGGGUUCGACCUGGGCCCUCGGUACAUGGACUUGAAGCCGCUGGGCUAUGGGGGUAACGGCCUGGUGUUUUCUGCUGUGGACACGGACUGCGACAAGCGGGUGGCCGUCAAGAAAAUCAUCCUGACAGACCCUCAGAGUGUGAAGCAUGCGCUCCGCGAGAUCAAGAUCAUCCGGCGGCUCGACCAUGACAACAUCGUCAAGGUGUUUGAGACACUAGGCCCCAGCGGACGGCGGCUGACGGAGGACGUGACCUCGCUGACCGAGGUCAACUCCGUCUACAUCGUACAGGAGUACAUGGAGACGGACCUGUGCAAGGUGCUGGAGCAGGGUCUGCUCUCCGAGGGCCACGCCCGCCUCUUCAUGUACCAGCUGCUCCGCGGCCUCAAGUACAUCCACUCUGCCAAUGUCCUGCACCGAGACCUCAAACCUGCCAACCUGUUCGUCAACACUGAGGACCUCGUGCUUAAAAUUGGAGACUUCGGCUUGGCCCGCAUCAUGGACCCACACUACUCGCACAAGGGUCACCUGUCAGAAGGUCUGGUCACCAAGUGGUAUCGGUCCCCACGUCUACUCCUCUCCCCAAACAACUACACUAAAGCCAUCGAUAUGUGGGCUGCUGGCUGCAUCUUUGCAGAAAUGCUCACCGGAAAAACACUCUUUGCAGGAGCCCAUGAGCUGGAGCAGAUGCAGUUAAUACUAGAGUCAAUUCCUGUGAUCCAUGAAGAGGACCGGCAGGAGCUACAGAGCGUUAUCCCCGUUUUCAUCAAGAACGACAUGUCCGUACCACACACACCCCUCGCCAAGCUGAUGCCAGGGGUCAGCGCUGAGGCUCUGGAUUUCCUGGAGAAGAUCCUGACCUUCAACCCCAUGGACCGGUUGACAGCAGAGGAGGCCCUGGCGCACCCCUACAUGAGCGACUACUCAUUUCCUCUGGACGAGCCGGUGUCCUCGCACCCUUUCCACAUCGAGGACGAGGUGGACGACAUCCUGCUCAUGGACGAGAGCCACAGCCACGUCUACAACUGGGACAGGUACCACGACAGCCAGCUUUCCGAGCCAGACUGGCACCUCCACAGCACAGCAGAGGCUGAGGACGUACAGCGCGACCCUCGUGCCCUCUCGGACGUCACAGACGACGAAGAGGUGCAGGUAGACCCGCGCAAGUACGCCGACGCCGACAGCGAGAAGUUCCUAGACGACCCAGCUGCCUUCGACUUCCCUCCGGACCGCUCGUGGCCGCAGUACGACGACCAUCACGAGAACAAGUACUGUGACUUGGAGUGCAGCCAUACCUGUAACUACAAGGCUGUUUCUCCCUCCUACCUGGACAACCUAAUCUGGCGGGAGAGUGAGGUCAACCACUAUUACGAGCCCAAGCUGAUCAUAGAUCUGUCCAACUGGAAGGAGCAGCAGAGCAAAGAGAAAGGAGACAAGAAGAGCAAGAGCAAGUGCGAGAAGAACGGCCUGGUGAAGGCUCAGAUCGCUCUGCAGGAGGCCGGUCACAACCACCACGGCAUCAGCCAGAGUCCCCCAGAGAAAGACCGCCAGCAGGAGAAACACCAGAACCAGAGUCAGGGCUUUGAUUUCGACUCCUUCAUAGCAGGCACCAUUAAGCUAAGCCUUCAGCCCGAACCCAGCCAGGUGGGCCUGCUGAACGAGCUCAACACCUCCGUGUCCCAGCUGUCCAAGUCCGUCAGCCAGGAGAAGGACGAGAAGUGCCAGGUGAACCUGGCGCAGCAGGGCGGCCGCCCGCCGUGCCCGUGGGACAGCUACGGAAGCCCGGGGGCAGAGGAGAGCAGCUGCCUGAUCGAUGAGGCCUGCUGGGAUGCCCAGAAAGACGGCGGUCUCGGAAGCGGCGGAGGAUACACCAGCUACCUGGACCGACUCUUCAGCAAACGGGAAGAAAGCACCAUGAUCACACCUCCAGAAUCAUCCGAAGACUUCUCCCCCGACUCGGACGUCCCCCUCACCACCCCCCAGGAGGAAACCGCGCCCGGGUUCCUCGCCCGAAACGGAGAAAUCGUCCUGGAGUCGCUGGCCAUCCCCGGCGACCUGCCGCUGAAGUCCUUGCAGGCCACGCUGACGCCGGCGGCCCACGUCAAGUGCUCCCCUCAGAUCGCCCACAAGACCUACAGCAGCAUUUUUAAACAUCUGAAUUAAACCAUUUUAUUAAUGUUAAUAUCAGAGUAAUGUUGAUAAAAUGGCCAGUGCUUUUGUCACAAGCUCCUCCUCCUCCCUCCUCUCCAGAAACACCACCUGCAGCAAGCGCGAAAGAGCGAGCAGGGUCUCUUAUUUUUUUAUGAGGUUAGAAUAUUAUUUUACUUGAAUCAUUUCAUAACUUUUUACAUAUGGUUACUUUUUAAGAUUUUUUUUUUGUAAUCGUAUGAAUUAUUGUUUAUUAUUAUUUUAUUAUUAUUAUUAUUAUUAUUAUUAUUAUUAGUGGAUGAAUUCAUUCAUGACCUUCACCAAGUGUUCACACAGAACCCCUCUCGUGCUUAAUUUUCUCUUGUAAAUGAAAACAGGAAAAUAAAUAAAUAAUAAUUUAAAAAAAAAAAGGCAUGCCAUUUGCACACAGCGUACUGUAGAUUCAUAUACAUAUGAGAAAGCGGAAGAAGAAGAAGAAGAAAAGCAAGGUAGGCUUAUGAGGAACACAAUAACGAGAAGAGAAAAAAAGGGGUACAUUAUAAAAGCAAGCAGAGAGAAUGCGAGGGUAGGACGAAUGAAUGCACUAAACGUGAGGGAGACGUUGUCACUGACAUUUCUGUCCUUGGCCAAAAAAAAAACGUGGCCUUCCAGCUAACCGGCGUAGAGGACAGGAAAUGAAAUGAGCUUAUUUUUUCCAGUCUCUCCAUUGGUUAUAUUUUUAUUUCUUCGUUUUAUCGGUUUAAUGUUAUUUACCAUAUCUAACAUCAUAUUUAUGUGAGUAUUCCUUUUCUUUUCCCUCCUUUUCUGAACCGCACGGUCGUCCCCGGACGACCGGAACAUACUGUAAUGGAGCGUGUUUGAGUUAACGCGAUGCCAGCAGAGCAACCGUUUAAAACCCGUAGGUUUCGUAAACGUGUUAUCUACCUCAAAAAGGUAACAGCAGACGGAGUGUAUCGAAGCUGUAGUGCUUUACGCAAAACAUUCACCCUGUACAACCAUUCAGUGCGCAGUGACUCGGCCACCUUCUCUCCUUCAUUACUUUCUACUUCUUUUUUUUUUUUUAGAAGAGAAAUCCUUUGCAUUUGCCAUAGUGAAGUGUUAAGAUCAUUUAUUUAUUUUAAAGCAGAUGUGAGAUAUUUAUUUUAAAGAAACGUUGUUGUAAUUUUCAAUGUGACUUUGGCGACUGAGGCAUUGAACUUCCAUCCUUUCAUUUUUCAACACUGUGCGCGUGAGUGUGUAAAGUGUGUGCGUGUGCGUGUGAACGAGUGUACAUGAACGGCUGGAGGCUACUCUUCCUUUCUAAGUUGUAAAGAUGCUCUCCAUUUCCAGCAGUAGUUAGUUUUUUUGAGGAAAUCAUUGAAGCUUUUUUGUUUUUUUGUAGGUGCUUUACGUGUGCGAGAGGAAAUUUGGCUUUAUGAAAUCUGAUGCACCUAAAAGUCUUAAUUUUGUUUUUUCUUUUUAUAUAAAUGUAUUAGAAUUGUGUGCAUGGAAGAAAAACGAUGGAAGGUACAUUUAAAAUACGAAGUUUAUGGUGAAGUCUUGUCAUUUAAUUAAUUUUUAUUUUAAUUGUAUGUUUUUAUUAUCAUUUGUUUUCAGAUUUAUUUAGAUUCCCCCCUCUUUUUCCUCCCCCAAACAAGCAUGAUUGAAACAGGUAAAGGGUUUAGCAUGUAGAAGAUCUAUGGACUACUUCUCUCCCCCCACCACCCCUUUUUUUUCUUUUUCUUUUUCUUUCUUUUUUUUUUUUUUUGUCAUAUAAGUACUGAAACUCCAUUCUGUUAUCAUUGGUUCCCCUGUAAGAUAAUAUUAAUAAAAUGGCCAGCAAAAUA